GAGCUCUAUAGAUGUCACAAGCUCGUGAGACCACAGACAGCUAAGUACAUACAGUUCCUUGGAGAGAAUGGCCAAAGGGAGGCGUUUCAACCCGUCCUUGCACAAGGACGGAAGAUGGUUCACUCACAUUGGUGUGAUCGAGAAAAUACCGGAAUCCAUCACAAGUACUUCCCUGAAGGAAAUCCACUGUCCAUACUUGUCUGAGCAGGUGGAGAAGAGGCUGCCACCAAUCUACAAGAUCCGAGAGAAGCAAGCAGCAAACAAAAACUUCCCUUUCUCUGUGCAUGACAACCGCCACUGUUUUGAGAACUCCGGAUACUACUUUGACUCUGGCUUGGGGCGAAGGAAGUGCACCCCAGAUCAAAAGCAACACAUUUCUAGAAAUUUCAAUCUCUGGGCCUGUGACUACAUCCCAUCCAAUCUUGAUGGUUUUUCAAAUAACCAAACAUCCUAUGUACAUAAGAAAGCUGUGGUGGUCUCAUCUUUCCGGCGUUUUCCAAGAUGUUACGAUGAGAGAUGGAUUGCUUCCACCCAAAGCUGUCCAAAGUUUCUGGGGAACCAGCCAAAUGGAGAGUUUGCUGUUGACACAAAGGUGGUCUCUCCACACCCUCGCACAGGUACCCCAAGCCUUCCAGAGGCUCUUGAUGAGGCUCAUGAUGUCAUCCCAGCAGGCGUUCAUGAAGUCUCUGAUCCAACACCACCCCCUAAUUGCUGAAAUGCUUUUGUGACUUUUAAAGGUUGAAAAUAUUCAAAUUCUUCAGAAGGUAUGUGAAGCUAUUUGCAUAUGUAAAUAAACUGCUAAGAUUGUCAUGUUAA